AAUACAUAGAAUUAUCUUUGAUGACUCGCAUCGAGGUUGAAGUAAAGUGCGCCGAAGUUGGGUUGCCGCCAUGCAUUGGAAUUGUUAUCAGCUCAAACAUAUCAGACGAUACUGAUAGCUUCUAUACUUUCAACUGAAGUGACAGUUCACAGUGUUUAUCGGUCAAACUAGGAUUUGACAACCAGAAUCCUCUGUUGAUGAUGGCGUUCAAAAGUGUCUAUCGCUUUCGGUACCCAAACUGAAUGAUGCCAACUUGUAGCGCAACCUUGAGAGGUUCUUGGGUGGUCGAUGAGCUACAUACCGCAGCGGGCGCCUGUCUUCAUCCCUUCUGCUAUAGUUAUUUUGAACCGAUCAGAUGACCUUCUAAAAGCCUGCAACAUUCUUGGGAUCUUAUCGCAUGCCGGCUUAGAUAGCAUGUAAACAUGCCAGACAUUCAAUAUUCUACAUUCCUGCCACGGUGCUAGUGUUGCAAUGCCUGGAGAAAGUGGCGAGCGCGCCCUUCUUUUAAUAAAACCUACCUGUGCUGGUUUGGCGGCACCAUGUUCGUCAUCCCUCAAGUACUACUAAUUCUUUGAUUCUUUUGGUUGUUCAAUUGCACGGGAGCAAUAAUGGUGUAUGCUAAUGCAUCGUCGAAGUUGCCUUGGAUAGCUACCAUUUGUGCCUUUUUCCUUUGCUGGUCUGUUUGGUUUCGUGAGGUUCUAUAUAGGACGACCUUCAGCGUGAGUCAAUAGCUUCUAUCAUAAUAAGAGUUACCUAAUGCGGGUUUCAGGAGUACGUAGUUCGUCCAGAUGUUUGCCGCACCGAUAGAGAAAAUCCCUUUCCCCCACACGAGCACGCAGAAAAUGAGACUAUCCAAGGAGAGAAUAUAACUGCUACAACAGUCAAGGAGCCUUCGAAUGAACGGCCACUCAUUCUAUAUGCUUUCUCAGAAUCUCCUGAAGCACGAAUCAAUAUCCAAUAUUUUAUAGACCAUGGUCUUCACGAUGCUGCCGAUUUCAUUUUUAUUUUAAACGGCGAAACAGACAUCCACAAGAACAUUCCCCAAAAAGACAACAUCAAGCACAUCCAUCGACCAAACGACUGUUUUGAUCUUGGAGGAUAUGCCGAAGUCCUAACGAAAACUGACCUCUACAAAAACUACCGCAAGUUCAUCAUGUUAAACGCCAGUCUCCGCGGACCCUUUCUUCCCUCCUGGUCUCAAUCUUGCUGGUCCUCACUCUACCUCUCCCGAAUAACAGACACCACAAAACUCAUCGGCAUGACCGCAAACUGCGAGCCAGAAUUCCACAUCCAAUCGAUGAUCUGGGCUACCGAUUCCAAAGGCAUCGAGACAUUGCUCUUUCCUUCCAAAGAUGUGCUCGCAAAAUUACCACCUCAGCCUAUGCAUGCCAUUAAAGGCCCUUUCAAUGCAUCGGAGAAAUAUACACCGGGCAUCAACAAUUGUUUCCGUAGCUUUAACGGAGCGAUUAAUGCCGAAAUAGGCGUUACGGCUUUGAUGCGCACCGCGGGGUAUGGUGUCGAAGCUAUUAUGAGCGCGUUCCAUGGAGUGGGUAAUGGAAAAGACGAGGAAGUUUUCGAAAAAGAAAGAGGAGAUCAUCGUCACCAUCACAAAGAUUUUGGAGAAGACUCAUAUGAGAAGCAGGAUAAGUCCUCUGACUUGAUGAGUGAAUAUGAGAGGUUUUGCGGUUCAACGGGCACGGGAGAUGUUUUGUAUGAUGGGGGAUAUUUUGGGAUUAAUGUGCAUCCAUUCGAGACGAUUUUUAUGAAGACUAAUAGGAAUAUUGGUCCGGUGGCCCUGGAGAAGUUGACAGAUUGGAUGGAAGGGAGUAGGUUUAGUAGCUAUGAUUAUUGUAAGUUGUAGGUUCUUGUUGGGAUUUAGUUGUUUUUCUUGGUUGUUCUGGAGUAGUGGAACUUCUUUCCAUGACCUGGGAGUCGCGAUGAAUCUUGUCGAUCUUUGGAAAAUCAAGGAGACCGAGUGAAGGUUUUUGUUGUGACGCAUUUAUAGAUUGUGAAGGAUAGAACUUCCGCAGUAAGCUGGAGGAAGACAAAAUGUAUGAGGGUAUCAAAAAGUCAAAUUAUGUAU